AUGGCUAGUUUCUCAGAUGAAGGCUAUGACUGUCCAGCAUAUGCUGCAUGCCGUCCCUCCCCUCCCAAGGCUCUGUACGAUACUGUUUUAGCCUACCACCAGUCUCCACGCGAACUAUGCGUCGACCUGGGCACUGGCCACGGGGCUGUAGCUCGCGCGCUGGCCACGCACUUCAUAUCUGUCCUCGGAGUUGACUCCUCCGAGGGGAUGCUGAAGGAAGCCGCAAGAGCUCAGCAAUGGGACAACAGUAAUAUUCAAUAUCGCCAGUCCAAUGCAGAGUCUCUCCCCUUCAUUGCAUCGAAGACGGUUGACCUGGUAAUCGCCUGUCAAGCAGCGCAUUGGUUCGACCCUGAACCGCUCUGGAAUGAGAUGACACGAAUAGUUCGGCCGGGGGGCACUGUUGCUUUCUGGAACUGGGGUCAUUACGUCGUGACGGGACGCCUGCGGGCGAAUCGGGCCCUGCAGGAGUUGUUUUUCGAGGAUCUGGUACCGUACUGGCCUCAACCAGGAAUAUCAGUGUUCAACAAUGAAUGGAUGUAUCCCGUUGAAUGCCGGGAUUUUGCUAACUGGACCGACCUUACAAGGUUGGUAAGUGUCCCUGCCGAUGACGAUGCGCCUGGCGUCUCCAACACUCCAGGAGCUAUUCAAAUGCGUGCAUCACAGACCCUUGGUAGUCUGGAGACCCUGAUACGGACAUUGAGCAUGGUCCAUGAAUGGCGUAAGGCACAUCCUGAAGCUUUAUUAGUAAGAGAGGGCGGGUCUGGUGACUGCGUUGAUACCCUCAUGCGAGAUACGAUCGAGGGUGAGGUAAAAUGGCGCGUCUUUGUUACGUCGGGGGGCAAUUGGCGGGACAUCGAGGUAGAUCUCGAAAUGCGCAGCAUUUUGCUGAUGGCACGAAGGAAGCAGUUCCUGUCGUACUGUGAAGAUCCGCACCAACGCUAUCCAUGA